AUGCAUGGAUGGAUUUUGUGUGGUUACGCUCUGUACUCCGAAUAUUUCCGAAUUUCCGAGCUCUUCCGAUCCGCUUUCGCCCAUAAAUUACAAAAAUAUGGCGACGUCAAAGUACUUAACCCGGAUUCUGGGGCCAUUGUGCCCGUACCCCUACCCGGAGAACCGCAACCAACCUCCGAAAUAACUGCAGCUGACGCCUCCAAACCGGACCAAGAUCUCUCCGUCGUCGUUUCACGUCGAAGGUCCAAUGAGUUGGUUCGGGUGACGAAUUUGGGAAUCGAAGAUGAGAGGAACUUCCGGGAUGUUGUCAGAAGAACACGAAUGAUGUACGAUUUCAUCCGAAUAUUGGCCAUUGCGGAGGAAGAAAAGAGGAUGGGGCCGGGGAGCGGGCGACGGGCGCGCGGAGAUUUGAGGGCUGCCGCGGUGAUGAGGGACCGAGGGAUGUGGUUAAAUCGUGAUAAAAGAAUAGUGGGUGCUAUCCCAGGUAUUGAAAUAGGUGAAUUCUUUUUCAGAAUGGAGCUUUGUGUGGUGGGGUUACAUGGGCAAGUUCAAGCAGGAAUUGAUUACUUGUCUGGGAGCCAAAGCUCAAAUGGAGAGCCAACUGCCACCAGCGUUAUUGUUUCAGGUGGAUAUGAGGACGAUCAAGAUGCGUGUGACACAAUAAUAUAUACCGGUCAUGGCGGACAAGAUAAAUUUUCAAGGCAAUGUAUGCAUCAGAAGCUUGAAGGAGGGAAUUUAGCUCUAGAAAGGAGCAUGCAUUAUGGAAUCGAGGUAAGAGUUAUUAGACGGAUUAAAUGUGAGAAUAAAGUUUCAAGUAAAGUUUAUGUCUAUGAUGGUUUAUAUAAAAUUCUUGAUUGUUGGUUUGAUAUGAGGAAGUCCGGUUUCGGUGUUUAUAAAUAUAAAUUGUCGAGAAUCGAUGGUCAACCUGAGAUGGGUAGUUCAAUUAUGAGGUUUGCUGAUCUUAGGACUCCUUUGUCUGCUAGGCCGAUGGGGUAUUUGACUCUUGAUAUAUCUAUGAAAAACGAGAAAGUUCCGGUUUUUCUUUAUAAUGAUAUCGAUAGUGAUCAUGAUCCUAUGUAUUAUGAUUAUCUUGCGAACUCCGUGUUUCCUCCAUAUGCAUUUAGUCAAGCGAGCAAUUGUACUGGAUGUCAGUGUGUUUCGGGGUGCACAGUUUGUUCUUUGAAGAAUGGGGGUGAUUUUGCCUAUGAUUAUAAUGGUUUUCUCUUGAGCGGGAAACCAGUGAUAUUUGAAUGUGGGAAUUUCUGUCAAUGCCCACCAACUUGUCGGAACCGUGUUUCGCAACUUGGUCUUGGUUUGAGGAACAGAAUGGAAAUAUUUAGGUCAAGAGAAACAGGAUGGGGAGUUAGAUCCUUGGAAUUGAUACAUGCUGGUGCUUUCAUAUGUGAAUAUACAGGUGUAGUUCUAACUAGUGAGCAAGCACAAAUUUUCUCGAUGAAUGGUGAUACAUUGAUUUAUCCCAAUCGAUUUUCUGAACGAUGGACAGAAUGGGGGAAUUUGUCUCAAAUAUUUGCAGAAUAUGUGCAUCCGUCAUAUCCCUCAAUUGCACCGUUGGAUUUUGCAAUGGAUGUAUCAAGGAUGAGGAAUGUUGCUUGUUAUAUUAGCCAUACUUCCAGACCAAAUGUGCUAGUGCAAUAUGUCUUGUUUGAUCACAAUAACUUGAUGUUCCCUCACCUUAUGCUUUUUGCAAUGGAGAAUAUCCCUCCUAUGAUAGAGCUUGGCAUUGACUACGGCAUGGCUGAUGAAUGGACUGGGAAUCUCUUUAUCUGUAACUAAAUAACUUCAGCGGUUGUUUUGGACAUUGAUGUGGUUCAGCCGGGCAGGGAUACGUGGUGCACUGAGGUGGGGAUUGGACAAUUGUUUCAUCUUGUUCCUUGAAUUUUUUGGUCGUCG